GACGCGACCUUUGAGGCGACCUCUGAGGUGAACUUUGAGGUGACCUUUGAGGCGACCUUUGAGGCGACCAUUGGGGCGAUCUUUGUGGCUCCUCGAACGGCUGACGAGGAGGCGAUCUUUGAGAGUGAGAGAAGCCAGAAGGGGACUUCAUGAAGGGAGGGUGGGCGCAUGCUGUUGCCCAAUUGGCAAAACGCGUUGCAGAAACGCUGCUGCUUUCUGGCUCACGUGCAGCAUUGGCGGUAGCAGAAGCAGCAGCAGCACCAAUCGCUGCUGCUCCUGUUGCUGCUCCCGCUGCUGCUGCUGCUGCUGCUGCUUCUCCUGCCGCUCUCCUUCCACCCAACCCUGCAUCUGCAGCAAAACCACCCCUCCUCCCACCCCUCACAGUCCCCCAAACGGGCGAAUCUGCUGACUCCGAGUCACGCGAGUCGAUACUUGCUACUUUACCUGCUGCUCUUACAGCUCUGACUCCACUCACUGUGGCUUCCCCAGCGGCAAAACCCCCUCGUCCUCUUCCUCUCACCGUCCCCCACACGGGCGAAUCAGCUGAUUCUGAGUCAAGCAAGUCAACAACUUCCCUAGCACCAGCCACAGUAGCACAACGACGCACCUCUCCCUCGUUCUCUCUGGGAGUCGAUAGACUCUGAUUCAAGAGACGAUUCGUCCAUCGCAUUGAGUGCAGCAAAGCCCAGCGCAUAGGAGUUGAAAGGAUUAUGCUGGACAUGCCCCCCGUCCAACCGUCCUUCCCCCUGAAAGCUAUUCCUGCAAGCCGCACCCUCCCCUCCUCCCCCCAUCGACCUCCCCCUCCCCAGGGGCGAGCGCCGUCGGCCCGCCAAACCCCGCCUCUCUCCCCUUGCUCCGUCCUCAAUUACCCUAUUCCCAAGUUCCAGGGAAGCACGCACCUCCCCUCCUCCUCCCCCCAUCGACCUCCUUCUUCCCAGCGGCGAGCGCCUUCGGCCCUCUGUCCCCCGCAUCUUUCCCGCUCCUCCCUGCUCAUAACCCCUAUUCCUGUCGACCAAGAAAUCAAUCUCUUCCCCCCAUCCUGCCCCCCCCAUCGACCUCCUUCUUCCCAGCGGAGAGCGCCUUCGGCCCUCUGUCCCCCGCCUCUCUCCCGCUCCUCCCUGCUCAUAACCCCUAUUCCUGUCGACCAAAUAAUCAAUCUCUUCCCCCCAUCCUGCCCCCAUCGACCUCUGCCUCCCCAGCGGCAAGCGCCAACGAGCCCCCGAAUCCCGCCUCCCUCCCAGUCUUCCCCAUUCCUUAUCACCGCUUUGAGGGGGCUCAAUCUCCCCACCUUGUACCGCCAAAGAAGCAGCCUCCAAUCCCCCUCCCCCCAUCGACCUCCUCCUUCCCAGAGGCGAGCGCCUUCGAGACCCGGAAUCCCGCCCCCCUCUCGUUCUUCCCCAUUCCAUAUCACCAUUCCGAGGCUCAGGGGGCAUUCCAACAGAGUCAAGCGAGUCAACGCAGGUCUUCUCAGCCGCAUCGAGCUUCCCGGAUCCCCUCCUCCCCCGCGGCUCUCGGGUUCGGUACUCUAACGGGGGUUCUCUCAGAAAGUCAAGCGAGUCAACGCAGGUCUUCUCAGCAGCACCCAGCGUCCAGGACCCCCUCCUCUCCAGCAGCAUCCCCCUUCCUUGGGAAUCCAGCACUGUUUCCGGCUGUAGCCAAGGCUUUUCAGCAAAUUCAAACGGGUCAACGCAGGUCUUCUCAGCAGCACCCAGCGUCCAGGACCCCCUCCUCCCCAGCAUUCCCACACCCUCAGUGGCUUGGACUACUUCCACCGACUCUAAAGGCGGCACAGGAGGCAUUUCAGCAACGUCGUCAAACGAGCCCGCGUGGGUCUGGCCACCACAGGACCGGAGAUCCAGUGAUCUUUGCUUAUGAAUCCGCCCCCCCUUCUUGUCCUUGAGCUGUGCUACUCUUGAUUUCACCACCGGCUUUCCAAGAAAGUCAAACGGGUCAACGCAGACCUGGGCGGUGGCUGUGCGCUCAGCAGAAAAACCAGCAGAACCAGUAGCAUUACUACCAGCUGCAGCAGCAGCAGCAGCAGCAGCCCCAGCAGCAGCAUGCAGAGGCACAUCUGACCCUCUGCAUCUGCCAGCGGCUCCAGCAGCAGCAGCAGCAGCAUCUGAUAAAUCAUCUUCAGAAGUGAGCUGGCAGAUCGGCAAUGGUCCUAGUUCCCC